GUUGAAAAAUUAGAUAUCAAGAAUAGACGAUGUGGAACAAUAUCCACUUCUCACACAGGACAGGGAAAUGGCAACCAUGUCCCUUACAGUUGCAGCACCUUCUCUUUCCUUUCCUUCAACUCCCUCUCUCACCAAACUCCAUAACCGUGUUCUUCACAUCAAGCCCCUCCACUGCACUCCCAUUCACCAACAACACGUUGAUGCAGAUGCAGCUAUCAUGUGUGAGCCCUGCAAUGGAAAAGGUUGGUUAGUCUGUGACUUUUGUAAAGGCCAAAAGACCAACAUCAAAGCCGAAAACAAACGUAUCUAUCGAAGAUGUCCCUCUUGCAAAGCCGUUGGGUAUGUCUUGUGUUCUAACUGCAAGGUCUUCAAAUGCGUCACUUUUCCUAAUUUCGAAGAUUCUCAGAACUGAAUUGACCAACAGCUUUCGUUUUUGCCAUAGUGAUUACGCUAGUCAGCAACAAGGAUCGAUUCUCUUGUUUAUUAUCAUUCUUCACACCUGCUCUUGUCGAUCUCCUAUACAAUUUUACUUCUUUCAGAUGAAUCAAUUUUAUUUACUGGUCAAAAAGUUAAAGAAAGAGAUGAUACAGUGUUUCACUGUCAUCUCUGUUUUGUAUCUCAUGGAUUACUGUAAGUGGUGUGAUUCAAAGAAUUGUAAAUCUUGAAGCUUGAUAAUGUUAUGCGUUCUUGAUGCUCAUUA